AUGAUGGAAAAUUCACUUACUUCUGGCACUGAGAAUAUUGAAUUAAGUGGUUAUGGGUUGAAAAGAGUUCACCAAAGUUCUGGAAACUUAGGCUUGAUCUGGAUGGAUCAACAAGAUGGGCUUGAAGUUCUAGAUUCUCUCUCUGAUGAAUCUGAUCAAAUUUCUGGAGAGGAAGAUGAUUCUGUUGUACAGUUACUAUCGAAUGUAAAACGGGAAAAUAUGCAUUCAAGGAAUGCAGCGAAGUCGCGUCCACGGUAUGUGCGGAUUGUAAGUAAGCAGAUGGUUGGAAUAUAUGUAUCGGUAUGGGUGCGUAGAAGAUUAAGGAGACACGUAAACAACUUAAAAGUCUCUCCGGUUGGAGUUGGGCUUAUGGGAUACAUGGGCAAUAAGGGAUCUGUUUCAGUUAGUAUGUCUCUUUUCCAAUCACGGCUAUGCUUUGUCUGUUCUCAUUUAACCUCUGGUCAAAAGGAUGGGGCUGAGCAAAGGCGUAAUUCUAACGUUUACGAGAUUUUAAGGCGUACGCAUUUUUCAUCUGUCUUUGAUGUUGAUCAGCCACAGACAAUUCGAUCUCAUGAUCAGAUAUUCUGGUUUGGAGAUUUGAAUUAUCGCAUCAAUAUGUUGGACGCGGAAGUAAGGAAGCUUGUUGCGGAGAAGGACUGGACUGAGCUUCUCAACAGCGAUCAGUUAAUCAAAGAAUUAAGAAGUGGGCAUGUAUUUGAUGGGUGGAAAGAAGGGGUAAUAAACUUCGCACCAACUUACAAGUAUGAAAUCAACUCUGAUAGAUACAUCGGGGAAAACCCAAAAGAAGGAGAGAAGAAGAGAUCCCCUGCAUGGUGUGACCGUGUAUUAUGGUUAGGAAAAGGCAUAAAACAACUUUCUUAUAAGCAGGCGGACAUAAGACUGUCAGAUCACCGGCCUGUGAGUUCAACGUUCUUGGUUGAAGUUGAAAUCUUUGAUCAUCGCAAGCUCCAUAGAGCUCUUAAUUUCUCUACUGCAGCAGUACAUCCUGAUAUAUAUUUUCCAGAGUGA